UAUAAAGGCCUGUGAAAGCAGCCAGAUGUUCUUCACUGAAGAGGUGACGCCGGGUUCGAGCUCUGAGCCCGGGCCGAGCAGCAGCACUCCAGCUCAAUGGCAGCUAAAUAUGAGAGGAAGAGCAGACAGGAUCAGCUCUUCUGUGGGUUCAUCUGGUGGUGGUUACAGUAACAGCCGAGCGGCAUGUGAAAGCAGCCAGAUGUUCUUCACUGAAGAGGUGACGCCGGGUUCGAGCUCUGAGCCCGGGCCGAGCAGCAGCACUCCAGCUCAAUGGCAGCUGAAUACGAGAGGAAGAGCAGAUAGGAUCAGCUCUUCUGUGGGUUCAUCUGGUGAUGGUUACAGUAACAGCCGAGCGGCCUGUGAAAGCAGCCAGAUGUUCUUCACUGAAGAGGUGACCCCGGGUUCGAGCUCUGAGCCCGGGGCGAGCAGCAGCACUCCAGCUCAAUGGCAGAUGCAAAUCAGUGGAAGAGCAAACAGGAUCAGCUCUUCUGUGGGUUCAUCUGCCCACUCCACACCUGCACUCUCACACCCUGGCCGAACCCCUCAGCGAGACCUCAACAUGACAACGUCUUCAUCUGCAUCUGCGUCUCAUGCGUCCUCUGUGAUAGUGGCUGUGGUGGAGGGACGUGGUUUAGCUCGGGGGGAGAUUGGCAUGGCCAGUAUCAAUGUCAAAUGCCCAGAGCUGGUGCUCUCACAGUUUGCAGACACUGGAACUUAUGCUAAGGUAAUUACUAAGCUGCAUAACUUGAUGCCUCUGGAGAUUCUGAUGCCAGACACUGCUAGUGUGAAAGGACAAGGAACAAAACUCUACAACCUCAUCACUGAGAGCUUCCCGUCAGUCACAUUCACUCCUGUUCUGAGGAAGUACUUCAAUGAGAAGAAGGGCCUGGAGUACACACUGCAGCUCUGUGUCCCUGAGUUCAACACUGUGCUGAUGGAGGUGCAAACCAAAUACUACUGCCUGGCAUCUGCAUCUGCCCUACUAAAAUACUUUGAGUUUGUUCAGAACUCAAUAUAUGCUCCUAAGUCACUGAAAGUGGUCUUCACUGGCAGUGAGCAGACAGCCAUGAUUGACGCGAUAUCAGCCAGCAACUUGGAACUAGUUGUGAACCAAAGAGAUCACAGGAGUGAGCACACUCUGUUUGGGGUCUUAAACUACACUAAGACUGCCGGUGGGGAGCGGCGGUUACGCUCCAAUAUUCUUGAGCCCCUGCUGGAUGAGGUCACUAUCAACUCACGUUUGGACACCAUAGAGGAGCUGUUGCAGAAUGAAGAGCUCUUCUUUGGUCUGAAGAAUGCCAUUGCACAGUUCCCGGAUAUAGAUGAGCUGCUGUCUGCUCUUGUUCAGGUCCCAAAGCAAGAGACGGUACCGGUGGCUGAAGCAAAAAUAACGCAAAUAAUUAAGCUAAAGCACAUUCUAGAACUGGUCCCAUCACUGAAGGCGAUGCUGCAACAUUCCAAAACACCCUUGUUGGAAGCAUAUUAUACCUCACUUGAUGACAGCAGGUUUAACAGCAUUCUGGAUCAGAUCAAAUCGCUGAUUAAUGAUGACACCAGCUAUAUGAAAGGCAGUUUGACCAUGCGCACACAAAAGUGCUAUGCUGUACGGCCCAACGUCAGCGAAUUCUUAGAUAUUGCACGACGAGCCUACACAGAGGUGAUAGAUGACAUAGCAGAACUGGUGGCUCAGCUUGGAGAGAAGUACAGCCUACCCCUCCGAACAAGUUUCAGCAACACACGUGGCUUCUUCAUUCAGAUGAGGCUGGAGGGUGUGGUCUUACCUGCGGGGAAGUUACCAGAGGGGUUCAUCAGAGUGACCAGACAGAAGAACAACUGCUCGUUCACCACUGUAGACCUCAUGAAAAUGAAUGACCACUGUGAGGAGGCUUUGAAAGACAUUUUUCACAUGUCUUAUGUGGUUGUGUCCAAGUUACUGAAUGAGGUCUAUGAACAAAUCUACUGCCUGUACAAACUGUCUGAUGCUGUGUCAAUGCUGGACAUGCUGCUCUCUUUGGCUCACGCCUGCACUGUCUCAGAUUACGUGCGUCCUGAGUUCACUGAUACAUUGGCAAUAAAGAAGGGUCGCCACCCCAUCCUGGAGCGCAUUUCUGGGCAAGAACCCAUCUCCAACAACAUCUACAUCUCUGAGGGAAGCAAUUUUGUGAUCCUAACAGGCCCCAACAUGAGUGGCAAGUCCACCUACCUUAAGCAGGUGGCCCUCUGCCAGAUAAUGGCUCAGAUAGGAUCCUUUCUGCCCGCGGAGUACGCCUCUGUUCGUAUUGCGGAUCAGAUAUUCACCAGGAUAGGAGUAGACGAUGACUUUGAGACCAACUCUUCCACAUUUAUGGUUGAGAUGAAAGAGGUGUCUUACAUCAUCCACAAUGCAAGCAACAAGUCACUUAUCAUUAUUGAUGAGCUGGGCCGAGGCACCAGUCCAGAGGAAGGCAUUGGUAUCUGCCACAGUAUCUGCGAAUUCUUCAUCAAUAUUAAGGCCUUCACGCUCUUUGCAACGCACUUUCUUGAACUGUGCCAGUUGGAAACUCUUUACCCCAACGUGGAGAACCAGCACAUGCAGGUUCAGCACGUCCGCGCAGGAGAUGGUAGAGCAGAGAAGGUGGUCUACACAUACCAGCUCAGCCGAGGACAUUCAGAGGAGCGCAACUAUGGUAUAAGAGCAGCAGAGAUGACCAAUUUACCACCAGAAGUUAUUCAGGAGGCCAAAACUGUCUCAGCUAAAAUCAGCCAAAAGCUGUGGGCCAAGCAUUAUAGUGACCCUGCCACUCGGAAACAGAGGGCAGACUAUCGUCUAGCCACCAGACUGCUGCAGACGGCCCGUAACUCACGGUUGGACCCAGAGAGCCUACGUCACUACCUGAAGGCCUUGAAAAGACAGUAUGAGGCUGAAAUUCACAAUGCUACUGAGUCAGUAGAGAUAGAGGAGUGAGGUCUGGCGUGUGAAAUGGGUUGGUGGGGUAGG